CCAGCCCGCCGGCCCCGCCGGCAGCGGGGGCAGCCCUGGGGAACGGGCGCUGCGGAGCCGCCGAGGAUGAGCUGGUUCAACGCCUCGCAGCUGUCCAGCUUCGCCAAGCAGGCGCUGUCGCAGGCGCAGAAGUCCAUCGACCGGGUGCUGGACAUCCAGGCCGAGGAGACCCCCUGGCCCGACGCCGUCAUCCCCGACUACGGUGACGGAACAAAUUCUCUCAUAAGUGGAGGAUGGGACACAUCAUCCUGGGGCUUGAACUCAACUACAGAACCCCAGAACCAGCCAGUGUCACCCACAGCCAUCACAAAGCCUGUGAGGAGGACGGUUGUGGAUGAAUCUGAAAACUUCUUCAGUGCCUUUCUCUCCCCAACAGAUGUUCAGAGUAUACAGAAAAACCCAGUGGUGUCCAAGCCUCCAGCCAAAUCACAGCGACCCAAAGAGGAGGUGAAAAGCACUUUGAAGGAGUCUCAGCACUCCAGUCAGCUGGAAGGGCCAGUGGCAGCAGAGACAGAGGUCAAGGAUUCCUCUGGAGCUGUCCUGGACUUGAAAAACCUUGAUAUUCCCAAGGAGAAAUUGGAAGAGAAUGCUGUGCUUCAGUCUGAUGGCCAGCAUGAAGCAAGCACAAAUGAAGCUACUGACAAAAAGGUGUCUGCUCUAAAUUUUGAAGAACCUGAAGAUUCUCCUACUGAAAAAUCCAGUGUGGGAGGGGAUGGAGCAGGGGGUGCCCCCGAGGGCACUGCUCAGCCCCUUGGAGCAGGCACGAAAGACCUGGGUUUGGAGGGGAAGGAGAGAAAGACUGAGGACAGACAAAGCAAUACCCCAUCACCUCCCAUCAGCACCUUCUCCUCAGGCACUUCCACAACCAGUGAUAUUGAAGUUCUGGACCACGAAAGUGUGAUAAGUGAGAGCUCAGUAAGCUCCAGACAAGAAGCUGCAGAUUCCAAAUCCAGCCUUCACCUCAUGCAGACGUCGUUCCAGCUCCUGUCCACGUCUGCCUGCGCGGAUUAUAAUCGCUUAGAGGACUUCCAGAAAAUGACUGAGAGCUGUGGCUCCUCGGAUGCCUUUGAAAGAAUUGAUUCAUUCAGUGUGCAGUCCUUGGACAGCAGGAGUGUCAGUGAAAUAAAUUCAGAUGAUGAGUUAUCAGGCAGGGCUUCUGCUUCGGCGUCUGUCGCCGUCAGUCCUUCCGUGCCAAAGACAGAAACGGUUGACGCCCUGAAAAAUAAAUCUGAAAACUUGAAUGAUGCUCCUGUGCUGCAUGCUGAGGAGGCUGAGAUGGAAGAGAGUGGGAGAAGUGCAACCCCUGUUAAUUCUGAGCAGCCAGAUGUUGUUUUGGUUGCUGCUGUGCAAACUGUUGAAGAGCAGGUGGUGAAGGAGGAGGCCAAGCCCCAGCAGGAUGCUGGGGAACAACUGAUAGAAGAGGAAACUGAAAAGCAAGAGCUUAAAAAGAUGAUUGAUGCAUUAACUGAGAAGCUGGAGAAGAGGGAAAUACAGUUAUUAAGCACUAGCAAAGAGAGGGCUCGCUUGGAAGAAGCUUAUGAUAACCUCAAAGAUGAAAUGUUUAGAAUGAAAGAAGAGAGCAGCAGCCUUUCAUCUCUUAAAGAGGAGUUUGCUCAGCGAAUUGCAGAUGCUGAGAAGAAGCUCCAGCUAGCCUGCAAAGAGAGAGAUGCAGCUAAAAAGGAAGUAAAGACUGUUAAAGAGGAAUUGGCUACUAGACUUAAUACCAAUGAAACUGCUGAAUUAUUGAAAGAAAAAGAAGAGCAAAUCAAAGGAUUAAUGGAGGAAGGAGAAAAGCUUUCCAAACAGCAGCUGCAGAAUUCCAACAUUAUUAAGAAAUUAAGAGCCAAAGAGAAAGAGAGAGAAAAUAUUAACACAAAACAGAGCAAGAGGAUUAAGGAAUUGGAAGAGGAGUUGCAGCAUUUAAAACAGGUGCUUGAUGGCAAGGAGGACCUUGAGAAGCAGCAUCGAGACAGCAUUAAACAGCUGAACAGUGUUGUGGAGAGGCAAGAAAAGGACCUUACUAAACUUCAGGCACAAGUGGAGGAACUUGAAGAAAGGAACAGGAGUGUGCAGGCAGCACUCGACAGUGCCUACAAGGAACUUGCAGAUCUUCAUAAAGCUAAUGCCACAAAGGACAGUGAGGCUCAGGAAGCAGCCCUGAGUCGGGAGAUGAAGGCCAAGGAGGAGCUUGGAUUAGCACUGGAGAAGGCCCAGGAGGAGGCUCGGCAGCAGCAGGAAGCUUUGGCAAUCCAGGUGGCAGACCUGAGGCUGGCACUGCAACGUGCAGAGCAGCAGGCAGCGAGAAAAGAAGAUUAUUUACGGCAGGAAAUUGGUGAACUACAACAGAGACUUCAGGAAGCAGAGAGCAGGAACCAAGAGCUGAGCCAAAGUGUGACCUCUGCUACACGGCCCCUGCUGAGGCAGAUAGAGAACCUGCAGGCCACGCUGGGAGCCCAGACCUCUGCUUGGGAGAAACUGGAGAAGAACCUUUCUGACAGGCUGGGGGAGUCCCAAACUCUUCUAGCAGCAGCUGCUGAGAGAGAACGGGCUGCUACAGAGGAGCUUCUUGCUAAUAAAAUUCAGAUGUCUUCUUCUGAAUCUCAAAAUAGUCUUUUAAGGCAAGAAAAUACCCGUCUUCAGGCUCAGCUGGAAGUGGAGAGAAACAAAUUAAAGAAAAUGGAAAAUGAGAACAGCAGGUAUGAGGUUGAACUAGAAGGGCUCAAGGAUGAGUAUGCAAAAACCUUGGAAGAUGCAAAGAAAGAAAAGGCACUGCUGGCUACUCAGUUAGAAAUGGAGAAGAUGAAGGUUGAACAGGAGAGGAAGAAGGCUGUUCUUGUCCAAGAAGCAGCAAAGGAGAAGGACCGAAAGACCUUCACAGUUGAAACUGUAUCAAGUACACCGUCAAUGUCCCGCUCCAGUUCCAUAAGUGGGGUGGACAUGGCAGGUCUUCAGACCUCUUUCCUCUCCCAGGAUGAUCCUCAUGAUCACUCAUUUGGACCAAUAACUACCAGUGGCAGCAAUCUCUAUGAUGCAAUAAGGAUGGGAUCAGGUUCAAGUGUAAUUGAAAACCUUCAGUCACAGCUAAAACUAAGAGAAGGAGAGAUUUCACAUCUACAGCUGGAAAUUGGAAACCUGGAGAAAACUCGAUCAAUAAUGGCAGAAGAGCUGGUUAAAUUAACAAAUCAAAAUGAUGAACUUGAAGAAAAAGUGAAGGAAAUACCCAAAUUACGCACACAGUUAAAGGACUUGGAUCAGAGGUACAACACCAUUCUCCAGAUGUAUGGGGAGAAGGCAGAGGAGGCUGAGGAGCUCCGGCUGGAUCUGGAAGAUGUGAAAAACAUGUACAAGACUCAGAUAGAUGAACUUUUAAAACAGAGACAAAAUUAAUUCCUUGUGGAACUGUUAGCAUUGUAUGGUGACAGACUGUAAAGAUAACUGUUUAUGUAAAUGCUGAAUUUAAAUGUCCUGUAAAAAAACCCUGUAUUAUAGAAAAUGUGACUAUAUAAUAGAGUUCAUAUGUUGACAGAAGAAUCAAUGCUUUAAGUGUCCUGUUCUGUCUGCAGUUAAAUUAUUUGUGCAAUAUUUAAUUUUUUUUCUUCAGUCAUCCCUUUAUUUAAGUUUUUGCUAAAUGGUGGGCCAUUUUACAUAAACAGCAGAAAUUUUGGUUGUUACCUUGGGAGACAGCACUGGAAGGCAUGAGUAGUACUAAAGCAGCCCUUGAUUCAUAAUCUCUGUAAACUUGUGAAAAUCACUUUAGAAGUCUGUCUCAAGUGUUCAUAUGAGUUUUUCUAAAAUCUCAUCAGGUAAUUUUUAAUAACUAAGUAGCAAGGACUUGCUGUCUGAAGCAUACCUGGUGGAUAUUUUUAUGACAGGAAAAUCUUAGAUUUGUACUUACAACAUCUGAACCUGUCAGGGUGAUUAUUCUUAGACAAAUCAGAUUAGUCUGACUUCUUUACACUAAGUCCUCUAAAGCAGAGUGUGAGACUCAGAUGAGACUUCAAAUUACAGCUUCAUCUUGUAUAUUGCUUGAGUAGUCUGGAGACAGCAGCUCUGCUUGUAAUGAUUAAUGUGUUCAACUUUUAACACCAGAAAUCUCAGCUGUUAAAUAUCUGUUCUAGA